CAGGCGCUGGGUCCGAAGCGGGAAGCGCGGUCACGGGGGCCCGCUGGGUGCCGCACCCCGCGGAAAGCGCUCGGGACGCCGAGCGGGUGCGGAUCCCAGAACUGCCCGCCCGCGCCGCCUGCCUGCCUCCCAGAUCCCAGCUCCCAGCCCCGCAGCCCGAGCAGUCGCGCCGGGCCCGGAGGCAGCCGCCAGGACUGAGGGUUGCCAGGCGCCCGAGGCCGACCCGCACGGCCCUGAGCCCGCGCCCCCGGCAGCAGCCCCAGGCCCCCCGCUCCGCCGCCCCAGGGCCACCUACCGUGGCGAGGCGCAGCGAGGCAGCCCCAAGUACCCAGCGACUCCCGGCUCUCCAGCCGCCCCGGCCGGGGAAGGGGGAGGUGCCCGCGCGGGGGCGGGGCCGCGGCGACGUGACGUACGGGGGCGGGCCCGAGACGCGGCCCCGCCCCGCCUCGUCCCCUCCACUGCGCCUCGGGACCGCGAGGUAAGCAGAGGGUGCCUGGGGAGUUUCCCGGAGGCUCGCCUCGGGAGCUCUGCCCCGCCGCCCUGGAAGCCCCUGUCUGCCCCCUGGCUUACACCUAGGACGGGGAGCUCACCACUUCUCCUGGACAGUUCUGUUUAAGAGAAGUUCCUUUCUGCCCAUGUGGAAACAGAGGCUCUAUCACGUAAUUUGAUCUGGCCAAGGAUAAUAGCUGGUAAUUGUCAGAGCUGGAAUGCAAACUCAGGUCUCUCUCACCCUUUCUAGUACGCUGGUAGAAGGCAGUGGCUCAGCAGUGGGCAGGAAGUAAAAGGAAUCCUGGUCCGCAGACAGCCCUGUCUUCUAGUCCAAGACACUGGCCAAGAGUGUGGAGGUGGGGAGAAUGAAAGCAAGACGAGGAAAGAGAGUGCAUCAUGAAGGCAAAUAAUUCAGUCUUACAUUCUGCGAAAAGCAUUGGGAAUGAUCUGUUUGAAUAAUCCAUUAAGAUAAAUUUGGUGAUGUCAAAACAGCUGGUGGUUGGCACUUGAUAGCCUCAAAUGCACAUUCAUGAAAAUUCUUAUAAGUGUUCCCGUCAUGGAAGACAGAAGUCGGUUACCAUCAGCAACUAACAUUGACUUACCCCUGCCCUGCCCCGCCUGGCUGAUUCUCCAGCCCCAGCCGGAGAGCCACUCACCAUCUUGAUGGGCCGGAAGGACAUGAGCCGAUCACUGCGGUAGCUGCUGGACCAUGUGUCCCAGCGAGGGUACUCGCCCUUCUCCAGGAUGAACAUCUCCCCACGCAAGUUGGACUGCUCAAAGGCGACCCAGCUGGACACAAGAAAGACCAUGAGGCAGACAGGGAACAAAUGAUGGUGGUGUGGGAUGAGGACGGCUUCCAGGGCCGGCGGCACGAGUUCACGGCUGAGUGCCCCAGUGUGCUGGAGCUUGGCUUCGAGACUGUGCGAUCUUUGAAAGUGCUGAGUGGAGCGUGGGUGGGCUUCGAGCAUGCUGGCUUCCAAGGGCAGCAGUACGUUCUGGAACGGGGCGAAUACCCGAGCUGGGAUGCCUGGGGUGGCAACACGGCCUACCCCUCUGAGAGGCUCACCUCCUUCCGGCCUGUGGCCUGUGCUAACCACCGUGACUCGAGGCUGACAAUCUUCGAGCAAGAGAACUUCCUGGGCAAGAAAGGAGAGCUGAGCGAUGACUACCCUUCCCUCCAGGCUAUGGGAUGGGAAGGCAAUGAAGUAGGGUCCUUCCACGUCCACUCUGGGGCUUGGGUUUGCUCCCAGUUUCCGGGCUACCGAGGAUUUCAGUAUGUGCUGGAAAGCGAUCACCAUUCCGGUGACUACAAGCAUUUCCGGGAGUGGGGCUCUCACGCCCAGACCUUCCAGGUGCAGAGCAUCCGCAGGAUUCAGCAGUGAGCAGGGGCGCAGCACGGAGCAGCGCAUGCGUGCUUGUCUGCAAUGGAGGCGCUCUGGAGGCUGUGGCGUGCUCUCUCCUUCUGCCUCCCCCUGUAACCCGUGUGAACCCAGCACCCAUGUGAACCGGUCCAUGCACAGUCAGCACAAAAAACUCAAACGAAUAAAAAAAUAGAAAAGUCCAGUAUUA